GGGGUCUCUCCCGGGGGUCCCCGCCGCCGCCCCCUCUCACAUGAAGAUGUACGUGCAAAGGGCUCUGGUGCUGCUCUCUCUGCUGAGCUUCGCCACCGUGAGCCUCUCGCUGUCCUCCUGCACCACCUUGGACCUGGACCACAUCAAGAAGAAGAGGGUGGAAGCCAUCCGGGGGCAGAUCCUGAGCAAGCUGCGGCUCACCAGCCCCCCGGAGACCGUGGGGCCGGCCCAUGUGCCCUACCAGAUCCUGGCCCUCUAUAACAGCACCCGGGAGCUGCUGGAGGAGAUGGAGGAGGAGAAGGAGGAGAGCUGCUCUCAGGACAACACCGAGUCCGAAUACUAUGCCAAAGAGAUCCAUAAAUUUGACAUGAUCCAGGGCCUCCCCGCGCACAAUGAGUUGGGCAUUUGUCCAAAAGGUGUCACCUCCAACGUGUUCCGCUUUAAUGUGUCCUCGGCAGAGAAGAACAGCACCAACUUGUUCCGGGCCGAGUUUCGGGUGCUGCGUGUGCCCAACCCAAGCUCCAAACGCAGCGAGCAGCGCAUUGAGCUCUUCCAGAUCCUUCAGCCGGAUGAGCACAUAGCAAAGCAGCGCUACCUCAGUGGCAGGAAUGUGCAGACACGGGGCUCCCCUGAGUGGCUGUCCUUCGAUGUCACCGAGACUGUGCGUGAGUGGCUUCUGCACAGAGAGUCCAACCUUGGCCUGGAAAUUAGCAUACACUGUCCUUGCCAUACUUUUCAGCCCAAUGGAGACAUCUUGGAGAAUUUGCACGAGGUCUUGGAGAUCAAGUUCAAAGGCAUUGACAGUGAGGAUGACUAUGGCCGUGGGGACUUGGGGCGCCUGAAGAAGCAGAAAGACUUGCAUAAUCCCCACCUCAUCUUGAUGAUGUUACCCCCACAUCGGCUGGAGAGCCAAGCAUUGGGAGGCCAGAGAAAGAAACGGGCCUUGGAUACCAACUACUGUUUCCGGAACCUGGAGGAGAACUGCUGUGUGCGUCCUCUGUACAUCGACUUCCGACAGGACCUUGGCUGGAAAUGGGUCCACGAGCCUAAGGGCUACUUUGCUAACUUUUGUUCGGGCCCUUGUCCGUACCUCCGCAGCGCAGACACCACUCACAGCACGGUGCUGGGCUUAUACAACACGCUGAACCCUGAGGCAUCCGCUUCGCCCUGCUGUGUCCCCCAGGACCUGGAGCCACUCACUAUCUUGUACUAUGUCGGGAGGACCCCCAAAGUGGAGCAGCUCUCCAACAUGGUGGUGAAAUCCUGCAAGUGCAGCUGAAAGGCACCCUGGCCCGCCCAAAGCCAAGAGAGAAACUGUCAGCACCCACUCUCCUGCUCCCAGGCUAACACAAAAGGAACUGGGGGUCAGAGACUAUGCAUGCUGAGGGCUGAGUGCCAAACCCUGUGGCUUAGGGUCUGGCAGCCCUUGGGGAUCUCUUCUGGAACAUUUCUUGGUCUUGUUGGCAGUGUCAUGUUCCUUCUGGGAGUUACUUUGGUGACACGAAGGCCACACUCUCCAAAACCGCUGGACAGUUGGUGUGGAAGAGAAGGAUAGGGUGGAGGAACUGCUGUGUAUUUGAAUGCUGGGUGGUUGAGCUGGGAAAGCGAGAGAAUGAGAAAGAGCAGGUGAAAGGGGGAAUGGAAAUGGGGCGAUGUUUUCUAUUCUAGCUUUAGCUAUCUUAGGACCUCAGCCCUCCCCACUGGCCUGAAGAAUUAAAGGUUUCCCCUGUAGGAGGAAACCCUGAAAUUUUCUUUAGAGAAAGAAAAUGCACCAAGAAGGGAAGCUGCUGAGAGAAGAAAUGCUCAGAGAUACACUUAGACACUUGUUCCUCAGAGCUGUGAUCCAGGAGUCCUGCAACUGAAACUCUGUGUCUGCCAAACCUGUAAGUUCAGUUGGCAGAUCCUGGCUAUUGGUUUCUAAAUGCAAACUGCAAGGCUCCCAGCCAGCCUGCUGAGGGUGGGCAAAUACAAGGAAAGAGGGUGCUGAGUCCAUUUUCAGAGCGACUGAUGUCUCCAUUCAGCUCUUUUCCCUUCCUGGAGUUUCUGAGAGAUGGUUUCUGGGUCAGGGCAAGAGCAGUAUCUGUGGGUACCUGAAUAUUGGGCCCAUUCAUUCAUGAGCUGAUACACCCUGAGGACCUCUUGUCUGUUGUGGUUUGUGAGGUGCUUUGGGGUGUUCUGCAUCUGUUCUGCAUGAUGACCUGAACGUGGCCCAGGCCUCACCUGCCAAAACUUAAAAAAUAGUAAUCUCAAAAACAUUGUAAAAAAUA